GUUAAAAUAUUUAUUACUCCACCCACCCCAACGCAUGCCUUAUCUUCCUUGAAUCAUUGCCCACCUCUCAUUCUCUAAUUUGACCUUAUCUCUUCCUCUCCCCCAUUCUUAAACUUCUCCACCUCCUCUCAUUUGAAUCUCAGAUUCCGCCGCUGACGGCGGUGUUGCGCGGAACCGUAGGAAGAGACCGCUGGAGACAGCUCCGCCCAGGCAGAAAGGAGGGAGGGGGAAAAAUGUUCUUGGCCCUUCAGGUGUCUCCGGCGGUGUCAGGAAGUUCCGGGGCGUAAGGCGACGACCUUGGGGAAAAUGGGCUGCCGAGGUCCGGGACCCGACCCGACAGGUUACGAUUCCGGCGACAACUUCUGUUUCGGGCUACGAUUCCGGCGACGACUUUGUUGCCGAUUCAAGAAUGCCACGGAGAAACGAACACAGCGCCUUUGCACUACAGUUUUUUUAAAGGGAGGGUAUAAUUGGAUGUCAAAGUGCAAAAAUUCACUCCCUUAAAAAUGAACAAAAGUUAAUGUGGGAAGAUCAAUAUAGGACGGAGGGAGUAAUUUUUAACUUAUAAGUCAUUUAAAGUUAAAUAAGUCAUUUAGGAAUGUUCAUAAAUGGUGAGGGAUAAUUUUGUAAAUAAUCUCAUCAAAAUAGAGAAACAAAAAAAUUAAUUUAAAAAUAAGUAGGUAAGAUCUACUUAUUCUUUCUAGCUUAUAAACACAGAGAAACAUGUCAUCAACUGACUUAUAAGUUAAAAACUACUUAUAAGCAGCUUUGACCAGCUUAUAAAUCCAGAGAAACACUCACACAGAGUAUCAUUGGGCCACAAAUCAAUUUUAACACUUUCCAUUUUUAGAUGUCUUAAACUCAACUUUACACUUUUCCACUCUCAUUUAAGAAAUAAUUGUGUGGACACUUCACUUUUCAACAACAAACCCAAAAAAAUCCAUAAAAAGCAAAGGCUUGGGAGGACAAUUUUUCCAAGAGAACCCUACCCAAAGACAAUCAGACCCUUAAAUAUGAAGGUCAAAUUUAUCAAAUUCAUUUGCUAAUCAUAUUGGCUAUUUCAGGUUCACAUCAGACAGGGACCUAUACAGGCCAGCAUUUGAGGUCAUAAACAUGGUUGGGACUGGAUUUAGGAGAGUUGGUUAUUGGUCAAACUACUCCGGGCUCUCAGUUGUGCCACCAGAACCUCUGUACUCAAAGCCUCCAAACAUCUCGUCUUCGAAUCAACGGCUCCACAGGGUGAUUUGGCCAGGACAAAAGACCGAUACGCCCCGAGGCUGGGUGUUCCCUAACAACGGGAGGCAGCUUAGGGUAGGUGUCCCUAAAAGAGUUAGUUUCCAAGAAUUUGUAGGGCAGGUGGCAGGUGAUGGUGGUGAGGAUAUGUUCAGAGGCUACUGCAUUGAGGUCUUCACUAGUGCUGUGUACUUGCUGCCCUAUUCUGUGCCUUACAAGUUCUUGUCCUUUGGGGAUGGCCUUAAAAACCCGGACGAUACAGAAAUCGUGCACGUAAUCACUGAAGGGGUAUAUGAUGCAGUUGUAGGCGACAUUGCAAUCACAACGAACCGGACGAAGAUGGCUGACUUCACCCAACCUUACAUUGAGUCCGGGCUAGUUGUGGUGGUGCCCGUGAAAGAACUGAGUUCUAGUGCUUGGGCAUUUCUUAGACCAUUUACCCCUCAAAUGUGGGCUAUUACCGGAAUCUUUUUCCUCGUCGUCGGGGCAGUUGUUUGGAUUUUGGAACACCGAAUGAACACGGAUUUUCGCGGGCCUCCUAGAAAGCAAUUCAUCACCAUUCUUUGGUUCAGCUUUUCGACUCUCUUCUUUGCACAUAAGGAAAGUACUGUUAGCACUCUGGGGCGCAUAGUCCUGAUCGUAUGGCUCUUCGUGGUCUUGAUCAUAAACUCAAGCUACACUGCAAGCUUGACCUCAAUCCUAACUGUCCAACAUCUUUCUUCUCCGGUCAAAGGGAUUGAGAGCUUGUUGGCUUCGAACGACCCCAUUGGUUAUCAACAAGGGUCGUUUACGCACAACUAUCUGGUGCAAGAACUUGGCAUUCGUGCAUCUAGGCUUGUUCCUCUUAACUUGCCUGAAGAUUUCGUGGACGCUCUAAGGAAGGGUCCUAGAAAUGGAGGGGUUAUGGCCGUGGUUGAUGAACGUGCCUAUAUGGAAGUUUUUCUAUCAACACAUUGCGAGUUCAGUAUUGUUGGCCAAGAGUUUCAGAAGAAUGGAUGGGGAUUUGCCUUUCGAAGGGACUCUCCCCUAGCAAUGGACUUAUCAACCGCAAUACUAAAACUAUCCGAGAGCGGAGAGCUUCAGAAGAUCCAUGACAAAUGGCUGACGAGAAGCGCCUGCACGUUGGAGAACACGAAGCUUGAAGUUGAUCGUCUCGAGCUCAAGAGCUUCUCGGGCCUCUUCUCCAUAUGUGGGACCGCAAGCUUCUUGGCCUUGAUGGUGUACUUUGCCCUCCUCGCGUGCCAGUACAAGAGGCAUUAUUACUCUAACUCUGACCAGUCUUCUGGCGGUGGGGGAGGUGGUGGCACUGGUGGCUCGCGAUCGGGGCGAAUGCGGACUUUUCUUUCGUUUGUCGACGAGAAAGAAGAGUCUGUGAAAAGCCGGUCGGUCAAAAGGAAAGAAAUGGAGGAUUCAAGAGGGAGUAGUGUUGGAGGUGGUGAUGCUUCUUCUAUGAAUGGCUCUUUUGAGCAUGAUAGAGCAUCCACAAACAAAGCAUAGGCUAUAUAGUCCUUCUGUCCCACAAUGAAAUCCACGCGAUUCUUAAAAAAGAUAAAAUUGUACGAUUGAAAAUGAUGUUGAGAAAAAUAAAAAUAAUGAGCCAAAAAAGGAUCUUUUUUUGAGAUAGAUGAAAUCAGAAAGUGUUCAUUUAAUAUUGCCAUCAAUCCACCAAAAGACUUCUAGUCCACUUUUUAUUAAAAACUCAUUUUUAACUCUACUUUUUUACCCUAUCAAUUACAUCAUAUUUUUUCACUAAUAAUAUAUCUAUCACAUCUUACUUUUAUCAUUACAUUGAUGGAAAAAUUGGAAGGAAAGGAUGAAAUAAAAAAUAUAAAAAUGAAAUUGAUAAAGGAAAGAAUGAAAUAAAAAAAAAAAAAAAAAAAAUUUGAGCAUGCCAAGAGUUGUUGGUUGGUUGAAAUUAAUGACUAUGAUGAAU